GGCCCCUCAGGUUUUAAAACCCACCAAUCAUAGUAGUAGGCUAUCAGGAAGGCUCUCCAUUCUAUGGAGAAUUGUUCUAAAGACAUCACAGUGGGGAGCUCAUAGUAAGUUGGGCAUUGAACCUCAGGUUUCAGCACCAGACUACCACUUAAGCAGGGCUUCAAGCACUCAAAGGACACUGUGGCAAUAGACUCAGGGCACAAACUCAGUGGGUAUCUCACUGUGGGCAGAAACGAAUUUGCCAAUGUUGAGUGUUAAUUCCCCCAAGGCCCUAGUCAGUUUCCAAACUGACAUUAUGCCAAAGCCCUGACCCCAACCACAGUCUUCAUCUCCACAGGUACUGUUGAUAGACUGCACCUGAUGAUCAGCAUUUGAGUGAAGACAAGGCCCUUCUCCAACUGUCACAAGAAGAUAUCAUGUCUUUUAUUGGGAUCUAAAGGAGCCUGGCUACUGCUGAGCCUGAGCCCCAGUGAGACCACUGCCAGCUCUCAGAGUCAGGGCGCUAUGUCCUGCAAUGCUACAGUUAUCCACAAGCUCCAAAAGUUCUGCAGGAAUGUUGGAAGGAGAGAUGCAAAAGUCCGUGCGAAGCUGACACUUCAAGGGGAACCACAGUCAGAAAGCCAAGUCUUCCUCCACAACAGAGAUUCGGAUGCCUUAAAGCUCAUGUUAGAACACAUUCCUGAGUUUUCACCGGAACUGAAGACUAUGCUUUCACAGGAACUGAAGACUAAGCCCUUCCUGAGGAAGACAGACCAUCCAAAAGAAAGGGCAACAAAGCUUGACAUGGUUACUUCCUUUGCAUCGCUUUGCUGUGCAAGUGAUUGCAUCAGAAAACUUAAGCGGAUAAUGUGCUAUAUAGAUGCAAUCAGUCAGUAUUGAUAUUUUUAGUCAUUGACAGGUAAUAGCAAUCAACUAUUUCGUUUAUGUAAUCUUCAUUUGUCAUCUUGAUUAUAUUUUCACUGAUAUUCAACUCAAUUACCAUGGAUUAUUAAAAAUCAUGAAAAGGGCUGGGAAGGUGGCUCAGUGGUAGAGCGCUUG